AUGAGUAUAGCAUACGAGGUUCUUGGCGUGAAAAGAUGCGCCCGCUCCGGUGCCGAAUUCGAAAGAGAUUUGAAGAAGUUUUCCAUAGCAGAGAAGAUAAUGAUAUUGAUAUUUUACUUACUUCCAAUUCUUAUUCCCUCCACCGCCAAGUCGAUAGACACACUCACUAAUCUUGUCUUUCCCCUCUCUAUGGGGUUGUCCACCUUUUCGUUCAUGCCGAUAGCUACCAGAGCAGCCCGCAGAUUCUUUGACUCAGAUGUUGUUAGGAUCGUCACUCUGCACAGCUUGAUAGUUACAAUCUACAUACUCAUGGUGUUUGCCUCUUCUCUUCGUGUGUCUAAUAUCUUCUACAGCGACAACUUCCUCGAGUCAAGCGGGUCUAGCGGAGAAAUGGCAUACAGAAUGGUUAUCCUUAUUUCAUAUCUAUUCUAUGAAUCAGGAAGACUCAUUAAUCGAUCCAAAGGGCUUUGCAAACGAUUUGUAGUGGUGUCUCAGCUUGCCGGAGCUCUUCUAACGGGAGUAUCUGCAGUUGUAUGCAGGAUGGGGCUUAUCCCUGAUUCCUUACUUCACCAACUGUUCUUCUGCUGUGGUGUUGUUUCGAUCAUAAUGUCCUUAGCAUUGGAUAGUUUCCCAAGCAUGAUAACUCUGAAGAAGGAUUUGGACAUACUUCCACUCAUUGGAGCAGGCGGAUGUCUUUUUAAUGCAUUUCUUGGAACUUAUAUGAUACUUCCCAGCCUCCCCCUCAACCAAUAA